CAAUAUCUGCUUCCUCUUCUCUCUCUUGCCGUAGUUUCCUGCUGUCGUCUCUCCUCACGGAAGGACAACUGGACGGUGUCGGAUUCGCCUGUCGGACGAAACUACCCCCGGAAAAGGACAAAGUUUGGACGAACUUGUCCAUGGAUCCGAUGGUGUUUCUGUGAUUCCGCGCUAUGUGAGCGGCUCUCUUUUUAGCCCACUGCUCUUCCGUCGUCGCUAGGCGCUCUGAGACGAGAUCGCCCCUCUUCUGAGCUCUUCCUCGACUGUGACCGAGGGGUAAACGAAAGGGUUUUCUCUUCUCAGUCUCUUAUGCUCGGAGUAGGGAGGAGCGGGAAGCGGUUUGAUGCUUCAGGAAUUUUAGGGUCAUUUGGAGAAGAAACUGGGGGCUUGAACCGAUCGGAAGUUUAGAUGCUCUGGAUCGGACAAGAAAACCUGGAGAACAAGUUAUGUUAAUGUUGAUCGGUGGAGAAGAAUUUGAACCUUAUUUCUGUAGCAGAGGCCGGAUUGAAGAAUCGAGUCCAUGCGAUGGUUUUUUCUUGCAUCAUCUGAAUAAAUGCAUGGGUUUUUAGAAGAUGAGCAGGUUAUUCGAUCAGUGAGCACUUGUUUGCUGGAGAGGUAUCGAGGCACGACUGUGUAAUUCGUUGUGGAUUGUUGGAAAAAUGUUGGUACCAAAGCAAUAUCGAUGCACCCAUUCGGCUGCUUGUGUAUGCAUCAAAGGUCACCUGAGCGAGGAUGCCAUCUUUCUUGUUUUUGAGCAUCUGAACUGGAAUCCUAGAUUGAUUGCGCUAAUGUCGUGUGUUUGCAAAUGGUUUGAUGAGAUUGCCAAACGGAUAUUGUGGAAAGAGUUCUGUCGAACAAGGGCCCCGAAAAUGAUGCUGGAUUUGCAGUCCUGUGGAAGUCAUAGUGUCGAUGGAAACUGGAAAGCACUUGGAAAGCUUCUCAUCUAUUGUUCAGGUUGCACCCAGAGGGGCCUCUUUAAUAUCACUUGUGUCCCAGGUCACUUUGUGCACAGGACUAGGUUUUCGAGGACUUCAGGAAAGAGCUUUCUUAUUCCGCAGUGCAGGACAGAUGUCUUGUAUGUGUGUGACCCUUGUGAACAUCUAGAUCAAGGUGAUGAUGGCGAUGUAGGAUUCUUCCGCGGUGUGUUCAAGUCAUUUUCUGCUUCGAAGGUUAGAAAGAUGCUGAUCGAAAGGCAGGCCAAACUCCACUCCACAGAGGCGUGUCCAUAUUGCAAGGCAAAAUUGUGGAACAUGAUGCAGGCAAAGAUGAUACCAAGGAGCGCUUGCAUCAGGUUGGGUGCAUAUGAUGAUAGUGUUGAGUGUUAUGUAUGUCUGAAUGGGCACAUGCUUGGAACAAGCUCUCUCCUGCCACUCUCUGAUUCUGACGAGGCAUCUGACUUUGAACAGUGCUCAAAAUUCGACUAAGGGAUUUCCAAGUUCGAAGGCCAAAACUCUGUUUGUGAAUCUUGGAGUGUUUUUGAUCUGCUUGGUUAAGGGAUAAAGAAAGGUAAGUGGAUGGAUAGUUAUCAGAUCUCCAUUUUAUCAUGUCGCAGGGAAUGAAAUAGCACAGGAGUUUGUUUAACUCCAUAACAUGGCAAGAUGUUCUUUGCUCUCUCUUUCUGUUUUGUCUAUUUAACUUACUAAACUUAGGUCAUAGUUUGGUUAUCUAUGUCACCGAGUAAUAUGAUGCUUCAUAUACAAUAUGUACAAAUAUCUGCUGCAAACAAUAGCAGUUUUACGUUUGACAGCAAGACUUCUUCA